UCCUGCAGCCGCCGGGCAGGAUGCGACCGGCCCCGGCGAGCCUCCCGCUGCCCGCACAGAGGGUCCCACCGCCCGGGCCGUGACGGCCCGGCUCCGACCCGCCAGGCGAGCCCCCGCGUCCCGGCCCCGCGGACCUCCCCAGCCCCCUCCGCUCGCCGGCCAUGGGCAGCCACGAGAAGGACCCGGCUUCUCCGAGAAGGGCCCCGUCGCGCUCCAACAGCACCGUGUCCUCCAAGCACAGCAGCGUGCAGCAGCAGGGCUCGGAGAGCUGGGAGCUGGUGGACGACCUGCGCGCCCGGGGCAGCCCGGGCCAGGAGCCGGAGCGGCACGAGGGAUACCUGCUCAAGAAGAGGAAAUGGCCUCUGAAGGGCUGGCACAAGAGGUACUUUGUGCUGGAAAAGGGCGUCCUGAAGUAUGCCACGACACCCCAGGACGUCCUCAAGGGCAAACUGCAUGGCUCUAUUGACGUCCGUCAGUCUGUCAUGUCUGUCAACAAGAAGGCGCAGCGAGUAGACCUGGACACGGAGGAGAACAUCUACCACCUCAAGAUCAAGUCGCCGGAGGUCUUCAGCAGCUGGGUGAGCAGCCUCUGCUCCCAUCACCAGGGCGAGAGGCCCGACCCCCUCGCCGGCCCCAGGGGGGGUCCUGCGGGACGAACCCCCGCCACGUCGCAGGGCUCCUGGACCCGGAUGCUGCCCUCCGGCAGCGCCCCGGCCCUCUCCGCCCUCGCCAGCUCCCGGGACAAGGUGAGCGCGUGGCUGAAGGACAGCGAGGGGCUGGAGCGCUGCUCGGCAGAGCUGUCCGAGUGCCAGGCGAAGCUGCAGGAGCUCAACGGCAUGUUGCAGAGCCUGGAGUCCCUGCACCGCAUCCCCUCGGCCCCCCUCAUCUCCCACAGCCAGCCCUCGGCCGCCACGGAGAGGCCCAAAAAGGGGAAGCGGACCACCAAGAUCUGGUGCACCCAGAGCUUCGCCAAGGACGACACCAUCGGCAGGGUGGGCCGCCUGCACGGCUCGGUGCCCAACCUCUCGCGCUACCUGGAGCCGUGUCAGAGCCCGCUGCCCUUCAGCCUCCCGCCCGAGUACAGCCAGCUGCAGAGGAGCUUCUGGACCCUGGCCCAGAAAGUGCACGGCUCGCUCAGCAGCGUGGUGGCCGCGCUCACGGCCGAGAGGGCCCGCCUGGAGGAGACGCGGCGGGUGCUGGACCUCCAGCGCGCUGUCCCCUGCCCGGGCGGCACCAGGAACGCCGGGGCUGCUCUGCCGAGCCUGGAGCCCCGGGAUGGCCUGCGCCGCUUCCACUCCCUCUCCGUCUCCUCCGACACCACCCUGGACUCCUUCGCCUCGCUGCACCCCGACGAGCCGGACGCGCUGCCGGCCAAGGGCCGCGAGCAGCAGCUCUCGAACCGCAGCAUCGUCUCGCUGGCCGACUCGCACACCGAGUUCUUCGACGCCUGCGAGGUCUUCCUCUCCGCCAGCUCCUCCGAGAACGAGGCCUCGGAUGACGAGUCGUGUGCCAGCGAGGCCGCCAACAGCAUCGCCGAGGACACGGGGGCCGCCUGCUUCCAGAGAGGUACCGGCCGCGGGGGCGAAGGGGGCGGCGGGGCGGGAGCGGCGCCCCCACCCACUGCCCCGUGUCCCGCAGCAGGAGCAGCGGAGCCGGAGCUGCCGCCCCUGCAGCUGCCGGGGCCGGGGGCCCCGCGCCGGAGCUGCCUGCCGGCGCCCCACGUGCACGCGGGCGACGUCAGCCUCUGGAACAUCCUGCGCAACAACAUCGGCAAGGACCUGUCCAAGGUGUCGAUGCCGGUGCAGCUCAACGAGCCCCUCAACACGCUGCAGCGCCUCUGCGAGGAGCUCGAGUACAGCGGGCUGCUGGACCGCGCCAGCCGCUGCCCCGACCCCUGCCAGCGCCUGGUCUACGUGGCGGCUUUCGCCGUCUCCGCCUACGCGUCCACCUACUACCGGGCGAGCAGCAAACCCUUCAACCCGGUGCUGGGCGAGACCUACGAGUGCGUGCGGCCGGAGCGCGGCUUCCGCUUCGUCAGCGAGCAGGUUUGCCACCACCCGCCCGUCUCCGCCUGCCACGCCGAGUCUGACAACUUCGUCUUCUGGCAAGACAUGAAGUGGAAGAACAAAUUCUGGGGCAAAUCCUUGGAGAUCGUCCCCAUGGGCACGGUGAACGUCCGGCUGCCCAGGUCCGGGGACCACUUCGAGUGGAACAAGGUGACCACCUGCAUCCACAACGUGCUCAGCGGCCCGCGCUGGAUCGAGCACUACGGCGAGGUGCUCAUCCGCAACGCCCGCGACGCCUCCUACCACUGCAAGAUCACCUUCUGCAAGGCGCGGUACUGGGGCUCCGGCGUGAACGAGGUGCAGGGCGCCGUGCUGAGCCGCAGCGGGAAGGUGGUGGAGCGCCUCGCCGGCAAGUGGCACGAGGGGCUCUUCCGCGGCCCGGCCGCGGGCGGCCAGUGCGUCUGGAGAGCCAACCCCAUGCCCCGCGACCACGAGAGGAACUACGGCUUCACCCAGUUCGCCCUGGAGCUGAACGAGCUGACGCCCGAGCUCAGGCGGGUCCUGCCCGCCACGGACACGCGCCUGCGCCCGGACCAGCGGUACCUGGAGGAGGGCAACGUGCCGGCGGCCGAGGCGCAGAAGCGCCAGAUCGAGCAGCUGCAGCGGGACCGGCGCCGAGUCAUGGAGGAGAACAACAUCACGCACCAGGCCCGCUUCUUCAGGCGGCUCACGGACGCCGGCGGCAAGGAGUCCUGGGUCACCAACAACACGUACUGGAAGCUGCGCCUGGACCCCGGCUUCGCCCACCUCGACAGCGCCGUGCUCUGGUAGCCCGGGGGG